CCCCCAGGCAGCAGCGCUGCUGGAGCUGCUGCGGUCGUGCCAGCCUCAGGACGCUUGAAGGGUACAGGGCCAUACAGGCGCUUCUCCAAGUGCUAGGGGUCACUUGAUGGGGAAACGCUUGGAUGGUGCAAGGCAGAGCUGUUGCGGCGCAGUCGUGCCAGCCACAGGACGAUGCAUAGGUGGUGAAGGAAAGAAAUCGGUGCUUAGAUUGGUGGGGAAGUGUGGUGAAGUGUGGUGUGGGUGGGAGGGUGACAUAAAUUGGACUGGCCAGAAGAUGCUUAGAGGGGGAAGAAAGAUCAGGAAAUUGCAGGAGUGCAGUAAGGUGCAGGAAGGAGCAGGAAGGAGCAGGAAGGAGCAGGAAGGAGCAGGAAGGAGCAGGAAGGAGCAGGAAGGAGCAGGAAGGAGCAGGAAGGAGCAGGAAAAGUGCAGGAAGGUGCAGGAAAGUGCUGGUGGGAGGGUGUCAUGGGGUGGGUAGUGAAGGGCAGGUGGAUGGGCUUUGGAUUGGAGACGGUUCAAUCGUAAUAGUGGGCGCUUGGAUGGACCUUGGGCAGGUUACGGAAGGGUGGGGGCUGCUGAACGGGCAGCAAAAGGUUCAGGCGGGCAGGGGAAGCGACAGGAGACAGACGGCUCUACCCAGAGGUUUGUUGAGGGGGGUACAGGGUGGAAUGAUUGAGGUAUAACUUCUGAGUUGACUCAAGAGAGUGAUAAGAGACAGCCCUACCCAGAGGUUUGUUGAGCGGGGUACUGGGUGGAAUGCUCGAGUCGACUGAAAGUACACAGAAUGGAUGCCUCACAGGUGGUAGUGCUGUGAUUUCUCUGAAAGGGGCUGGACCGGAAGGGUAUAGAAUGGGUACAUGUCAACAUAUAUUUGUAUAUGUUAUAGGUUAGGUAGGUGCAUGCUCAUAGAGGGUACAGCACCAUAGCACAAAACCUCGUAUUUCACAAUCAAACUCACAUGGUAUCACGGAAGGGUAGGUCCCCCUCCCCGCCUACGCUUUCGCCCAUAGCCCUAGGCCUAGCCCUAGCCUUAGACAGCGUCCUAGCCCACGCCUCGUCACGCCACGCUGGCCCCGUCCCGUCGCGCCACGCUGGCCCCGGCCACGUCACGCCGUGCCGGCCCCGACACGCCGCGCUGGCCCCUUUACGACACUCCGGCCCCGUCACUCCGCACUGGCCCCCCCUCAUGCUGCGCCGGCCCCGUCACUCCGCGCUGACCCCGUUACGCCGCGCUGGCCCCGCCUUACUGCGCCGCGCCUAGCUGCCGAGCCACUACGUCGCCGAGCUGCUGAGACGCGCCGCCGAGCUGCUGAGCCGCGCAGCCGAGCCGCCGAGUAGCCGAGCCGCCGAGUAGCGGAGCCGCUGAGCCACCGCUGCUCUCCAACGCUCUCUCCUCCUCCUCCCCUAGCUGCGGUGAGCUACUGCAGCCGUGGCGAUGGCGGACGAUGUGCUCCGCCUAGACGCGGAGGGUCGGGCAAUCGACUUUGAGGCAUGGCUCGUCGACCUGCGCCGCUCGCUGAUGGGACAGCGCCAGGAUGGCCAGUCUCUGGCCUUUCAUGUCGACGGUAAAAUCCCCUGCCCCAACCCGCCUGCUGCCCUCUCUGACGCCCCCACGCCCGCUGAGCGUGAGGCCUUUGUAGCUGCUGAGCUCGCUCGCUCCGUCUGGGAGUCGCGUGGCGCAGUUGCGCAGCUUGCUAUCAGUCGCGCCCUCCCCCUGUGAGAGUACGACCCCGUUCCAUUCCUUUCUCCUUUUCACCUUCCCUUUCCAUUUCAUUCCUCUUUUUAUCCUGAUUCAUUUGGUCUUUAUCUCAUUCCAUUUGGAUUCCUAUUUCCCCUUUUUCAUAAAUCUUUGGGUUAUCCUGUUAUUAUCAUUAUAUCACCGACAAGGCUCGGGUCGGGAUGUACUGGCGCACUAUAUCUAGCGUAAUCCUGCCGUAAUCCCUUAAAGCCAAUAGCCUCGCGUGGCUAUACGCAUGGUGAUUCUAUUUUCUAGAAGGGUCUAUUCCCUUGGGAUAGGAUCAACCUGGUUGCCUGAUGUACUUUGAAGUAUAAAAGCACGUUGUAUCA